GAAGGGCCAAAUACUGCAGGAAUGCUGUAAUCAUCAUCUUCAGAAGGCUUAUGAAAAGCGGAAGAUAGCUCAGGAUGCCGAACCAAAAGAAAUUCCGCUAACGUUCUGAUGGAUUUGACACUGUUUUGAAGGAUGGACAACACAUCAGCUCCCAUAGUUCCCAUCAGCAUGGAACUCCUUAUGCAGAGCCGUUCCGAGGGAGGGGCGAGAGGGCAGCUGCCCCGGGCGCCUCCCCCAGAGGGGACGCUGGACCCCCUAUCCCAGGUACCAAGGUGGACAAUACAACUCCGACCUCCGGCUACUUCGCGACAUGCCGUGGGUCCUGGCUUCAGGGAGUCCGAUGCUGUCACGCCCCUCCUAACGUCUGUCUCCCAUGGCUGGCCCCUCCUCAGCUCUCUCCUUGGGGAGCUGUACGUGUGAUCAUAAACUUAAUCUAUCAGCCUCCGAGCUCCAGCUGCUUCAUGAUAUCUCCUCAGUCGUGGCUCCAGCGAGUUCGACGCCGUCAGGCUCCUCUCUGGCCUCUGAGCUCCAGCUGCUUCAUAUCCCCUCAGUCCUGCCUCAACGAAGUAUGAAGCCUUCACGCUCCUCUGUGAGACUGUUUCCUGUGCCUGACCGUUCCAGAGCCUCCAAGCUCCAGCUCCUCCGUGAUGUCCCCUAGGUCCUGGUUUCAGGGAGUUCGAUGUCUUCAGGCUCCCUGGGUCUGCUCCUCGUGGCUGGACCCUCCACAGAUUCCCAGUGCCAGGUGCUCCAUGAUGUACGCUCUAUCCUGCCUUCGGGGACUAUGAAGCCUUUAUACUCCUCUCUGGUUGUGUUUCCUGUGGCUGGCCCGUCCACAGCCUCAGAGCUCCAGCUGCUCCAUGAUAUCUUCUGGGUCCUGGCUCCAGGGAAUACAGAGCCUUCAGGCUCCUCCUUGCCCCUCCGAGCACUUGCCAAGCUUGGUCUAACCUCGACUUCGAGCUCCACUUCCUCCGUGACAUCUCCUGAAUCCUGGAUCCAGGGAGUCUGAUGCUCUCAGGCUCCUCCCUGAGUCCUUUCUCGUGGCACGCCCCUCCAUAGAACAGCUUCUAAGGCCCCCUGGGUCGCACCUCUUCCCAGCAGCUGCGUUUGAAUGCUAUGCCCCGUAACAUCAUUGUUCUCAUGCAACGUUCACCUUGGA